AUGAGAAUUACACCGCUCAGUAAUGGGUAUUUUAUUGUUUCUUUCACAAAGCAAGAAGAUCUCAAUUAUGCUUAUCAAGAAGGUCCGUGGAUGAUAGAUGACCAUUACCUCCUAGUACAGAAGUGGCGACCAAAUUUUAAUCCCUGGAAAGCGGAUACCCAGAGGAGGAUUGCAGCUUGGAUCAGAAUAAUGGAUUUACCGGUUGAGUUAUAUAAUGUGGAAUCACUGAGACGUAUUGGAAACAUGGUUGGAAGGACCUUGAAGAUAGAUUUAUCAACCUCUAUUUUAGAUAUGGGGGCCUUUAGACGAAUCUGUGUUGAGUUAGACUUAAGCCAGCCUUUACUCCCUUCAUUUAUGCAUUUCGGUGAGGAUAUAAAAAUAGGAUAUGAAGGAUUGCACCUAGUGUGUUUUCAUUGCGGUAAAUAUGGUCAUCAUAAGGAUGUUUGCCCAGAGAAAAUUGUUCCUUCAAAGCUGGGGAAUACUGAUACAGUUGAAAAGAGCAGGGAAGCGGAUCAGAAAGUGUAUACUAGCGAGGAAAGGGAUGAGUUUCGGGCUAUUUCUGAGGAGGUCCCUGUAAGUAAUGCAGUGCCGGUAAAGGAAAAAAUUAGAGAGAUGGAAAACACGGUGGCCGGAGACAGAUACGGACCGGAGAUGCUGAUUAAGCGUCAGUUACGCUGGAGAUAUGGUAGUGCGGAUUUGAAGGGAUUAUACGAUGGAGAUGCGAGAUUGAAGGAUAUGGAGAGAGGAGGAGGUGAAAAAAAGGGAGUGCAAUUUGCAACCGGUGAACGUAAAAGAGGCGAUCAUGGCGGACAGAAUCAGAAGGCAGCAGGAAACCGGAUUUUCAGCAAGGAGAAUAUAUUAAAGAAUCACUCAGAGUGGGUCCCAGUCGGAGCAAAACGUAAGGGAUCAACAAUUGGGAAAGUCAAAGGAAAAGAACAUAUUCCCCCUGCUGAUCGAACCAGAUCUCACGUGAUGAAGAUUAGAGAGACACGUACUGGUGGUAGUAGGGCGCAGAGACUAGCAAAGGCGAUGGGUUUCCAUAAUUUUGAAGUUGUAGAUGCUAGAGGAUUCAGUGGUGGUUUAUGGGUUUUAUGGAAUGAUGCUUCUUGGAAAAAAUCUUCUCACCAAACCGGAGCUAGUAUUAAUAAAGAGUUCUGUUCUUGGGUUGAGGAGCUCAAGCUGUCAGAUUUGGGAUGUAAGGGUCCUUACUUCACGUGGAAGCGAGCAGGAAGUGAGAAUAGGAUUGACAGAGUGCUGAGUAAUGAAAGUUUUAACAAUUAUUUUCCUGAGGCAGUUGUUACUCAUCUCCCUUUCUUCAAAUCAGAUCAUCGUCCCUUAUUACUUCGUUUGACUAGUCAAGGUUGUGCUAGAAAGAUUAAAGACCGUCCUUUUAGAUUUAAUGCAGCUUGGGUCCUUCAUGAUGAUUUUGAGAGUUUGGUUAAUAAGAUUUGGUUGCCAGAUGAAGAUUGGUGUCUUAAUGUUUCUAACUUUACUAAUGCAGUCAACCAGUGGAGUCAUGAUGUUUUUGGACAUAUUGGUAGAAAAAAACGUCAUCUUCUCAAUAGAAUUGAAGGGCUUAAUAUCUCAGUGAAUUCAUGCUAUAAUGAGGCUUCUCUUGAGCGUCUUCAGAAGAAUCUUUGGCAGGAACUUGAAGAAGUUAUUCUCCAGGAAAAUCUACUUUCAGCUCAAAAAGCUAAAUGUAAUUUCAUCCCUUGCUCUAUUUCUUUCCCUUGCAUUGAUAAUGGCUCUUUACAUGAGUUGGUUAGUAAUUUUUGUGAUGAGGAAAUUAAGAAUGCUCUUUUUAGUAUGGGGCCUUUAAAAUCACCGGGACCAGAUGGUUUAAAUGCGCUUUUCUUUCAAAGCCAAUGGAAGUUUAUUGGUAAUUCUGUUAUAAAUAUGGUUCAGUGUAUUUUCAACAACCCAUCUCUUGUCCAUAAGAUUAAUGGGAUGUUACUUAUUCUCAUUCCUAAGAAGGAACGUCCUGAGUCCAUUCAUGAUUUCCGGCCUAUCAGCCUUUGUAAUGUUAUUUACAAAGUUGUGACUAAGGUUAUUGCUAAUAGAGUUAAAUCUCUCCUCCCUACUAUUAUUGCUCCUAAUCAAUGUGGUUUUAUUUCGGGAAGAACUAGCUCGGAUAAUAUCAUAAUAUCUCAGGAAGUUAUUCAUUCUAUGAGUAAUAUGAAAGGAAAGAAAGGCUUUAUGGCGAUUAAGAUUGAUCUUGAAAAAGCCUAUGACAGAGUUAAUUGGGAUUUUCUUAUUUCAUGCCUGGAGGAGAUUAAUUUGCCAACUAAGCUGGUUGAGGUUAUUCAGCAAUGUGUAAGAUCUUCUAAGAUGCAACUCUUAUGGGAGGGAAGUAAAAUAGAAGAAUUUAAACCGACUAGAGGUCUUCGUCAAGGAGAUCCUCUUUCUCCUUAUCUUUUUGUUUUAUGUAUUGAAAAGCUUGCUCAUCUGAUACAAGAAGAGAUUGUUAAAGGUAAUUGGAGACCCAUUCGCUUAAAAAAAGAUGGUCCUCUUUUCUCCCAUCUUUUCUUUGCUGAUGAUCUGGUUAUUUUUGCGGAAGCAACUUUGGACCAAGUACAGGUGAUUAGACAAUGUCUGGAUCGUUUCUGUGCAAUGUCCGGACAAAAGGUAAGUUACUCUAAAACUAGGGUGUUUUUCUCUAGGAAUGUGAAUCAUAAUAGAGCACAGCAGUUUAGUGACCUUCUUGAAUUUAACCGUACGGCGGAUUUGGGUAAAUAUCUUGGAGUCCCUCUCCAUCAUAAUCGUGUGACCAAUAAUACUUAUCAAUUUGUGGUGGAUAAAAUGAAACAGCGACUAUCUAGUUGGAAGGCAACUUCUAUUUCCUUUGUAGGACGAACAACCUUAACAAAGUCUGUGUUGAAUACUAUUCCUCUUUAUUGUAUGCAAACUGCUCAUCUACCUGUGAGUACUUGUGAGGAGAUUGAUAAAUGUUCUCAAGGUUUUCUCUGGGGCUCAACAAGGGAAAGGAGAAAGAUUCAUCUUGUAACGUGGGAUGAAGUGUGUAAACCAAAAAUAAAUGGUGGACUAGGUUUACGACAUGCACAUCUUCAGAAUAAAGCCUUUAUGAUGAAAGCUGGAUGGGGCCUUAUACAUAACAAGGAGGCUUUAUGGGCUAGAGUUAUUAGAAGUAAAUAUAAAUGUGGAAGGGAGCUAAUUCCACAAGUGAAUAGGACUCUCCCCGGAUCUCAGUUCUGGAGAGGUUUGAGAAAUAAUUGGGAGAAAGUUGAAGCAAAGUUAGAACUUAUAACCAACCAAGCAAAUGAGAAAGUUGUUAGAUGGAAACAUGAGAAGCAUGGUAUUUUUACAGUUCGUUCUGCUUAUGAUUCAUUGAUAGAUAGUUAUGAUUGCCCUGAUCAGAUAUGGGCCAAGAUUUGGAAGCUUCGAGUGCCUCAGCGGUGUAGAUCCUUCCUUUGGCUCAUGAGUCAUGAUCGUAUCCUUACUAAUAAAUCUCGCUUUGAUCGUCAUUUGGAUAUUCAACCGUGGUGUAGUUGUUGUCCUGAGGAGUUUGAAGACACUCUACAUGUGAUGAGACAGUGCCCUGAAGCUAAGGAAGUGUGGAUGAAAUUAUUACGCCCUUCUCAAAGACGGGCUUUCUUUACCACAGACUUACGUGAAUGGUGCAAGAUGAAUCUCAAGAUUCAGGUAACAGUUAAUAAUUUCAAGUGGUGUGAUUUGUUUGCUGUUCUGUGUUGGGCAAUAUGGAAACGUAGGAAUGAGAGAGUUUUUGAGGGACGAAGAUCGACUACAGUGAGUGUCAUCGCACAAGCUACUGUUAUCCUUAACUGCAUGAACGUGGCUAACUGUCGUUUACAAAAUACAUCUAUUGCUGGCAUUCGUCCUAAUAAUCAGGUGGAUAUGACUAUCUUAGCUACUGAUGAGCUCUUUGUUUAUGUUGAUGGGGCUUUUGUGGCUGCUACUAAUUCUAAGGGUUGUGGAGGUCUAGUUAAGGAUACCAAAGGGAAUAUCAUUGAAGCUUUCAUGCUUCGUUUAGAGAAGGGGGAUAAUCUGACGGUAGAAUUAUAG